GAGACUUGCGACGAGCUACCACGGGCUCGGAUUUUGAUUGGUCAGUUGAGAAACUAAAAUAGCGGGUUGAAAGGAGAGAAAACCCCAGUGAUUGCUGCCAUCGGGUGGGUGGGAAUAAGCGCCGCGACUGCUGCUCCGUGACCUUGGUUCUGUUCUUCACUGGGCGCUGCCGCCAGCCUGGGCGCGUUCACCAUGAGUACCCGCUCCCGCGCCGCCCCCUUCCUCGACUUCUCCUUUUCUUCCCUGGCCUCUGGUUCCUUGGUGCUCUUUCCCUGCCCAGUGUAGUUAGGCGCCAGGUUCGGCUGGUUCAGGCUCGGUCCCGAGCGGACCGACACGCAGCGGAGGGGCCGGAAAGUGGCAGGCCGCUGGAGCGCAGGCUUCCUGCUCUAUUCUCACUGGAUAGCUCACAGGGCGCAACCGGACAAAACACUAGGUCAUUGAUGAGCUGCUGGCUGCCUGGGUGGAGUCGAGGGUGGUGGGCACUGUUUUGCAGGGCUGCCCGGUGUCACCCCGAAGGUUGUCUUUCCCUGAAUGCAGACCGGAGGAGGGGCAGGCUGGUCACGAAGUUAAAAAUUCAGAUUGAGCUUUCUCAUAAGUGGCUCCCAGAAGAUUCACCCCACCCCACUGUAGGAACACAGCAGUUGUGGAUAUGGAGACAGGAAUGGAACCAGAAUCAGAGUUCAAAUAUACCAGAAAAUGUGGACCAUAAAUUCUUAUGUAAGUCAGAGACUGACUGGCCAAGAGCUGUGGGACAUUGAGGACUUUAGCAUUCACUGUAAACUUUGGCACAGGUCACUUAUUUCUCUGAAUACUGGAUCCAAAAAGCACAAUGAACACAAGAAUGUGCUAUGGUACUAGGGUGAAUUCCAGACAAGCACGAGAAUUCGGUACAUCUGGGGAAGGAGGCACAACUCCUGAGGUGAUCUUGGAAGUGGAACUGAUAGAACUUGGGGAAAGUGAUGAAAUAAUUGACCUCACUUGUGACUCUCUAGAACCUGCAGUGAUUGACCUAACUCACCAUGACUCUGUUGUGAUUACUGAAGAAAGGAGGAGGCCAAGGGGAAAUACAAGGUCACUCCAAGGCCAAACUGGCAGCUGUGUGGUGAGCAGUGAUAAGGAGGGGUUGAUGAGGGACAGAGAUGUAUCUGUGACCAACAGUGCCUACCAUAAUGCCCUGGAAGAAGAAACUUUAAGUUGCACACUACCUGGUUAUAUCUGGUGUCGAAUUUGUAGGGAUGGGUACUUAGAGAUUGAACUGAGUAAACGACAUAUCUACUCUACACAAUGUGGCCACAUCUUCUGUAGUCAGUGCCUCUGCACUUCCCUUAAAUAUACUAGAAAUUGCCCAGUUUGUUUGAAAAAAAUCAGCUGCCAUCUGUACCACCGCAUCUAUAUAUGAUGUGUGCUGUGUUGCUCAGGACAGACAGACAAGCUAGCUAGAUUCUUCCAUGUCCUUGUGCAGAAACGGUGGGUUGUUGGCAUUCAGUGCACGGAGUUAAAAACGCCUGAUUUUAAAAAUUGUUCUCUGGAGUAUAUAAAUUUUUUUUUCAUUUCCCACACACAAUGAGACUACCUUUUGAUUUGUUUUGUUUCAUGCUGCAGGACUGGACUUGGUUGUCAUAGUGUGCCAGAGACUGGUGGUUGUCCUCAAAGCAAAUUUUCCUUUCUUUCUCAUAACAAUCAAUUUUUAAUUGGCCACAUGUGAGCAUUUUGGGUCAUGUAAAUAAGGGCAACAUCCUAGAGAUGAUGGAACAAGAUGGAAGGAACCUGAGAGACCGACAAGUUUGCAAACCAGAGCCACCUACAAGUUCGGGCUUUUACUUGAGAGAUGAAUAAACUUCAUUCUUGUUUAUGCAACUAUUAUACUGAGUCUUGCUUAGAGUAAUGGGAACUUUAUUUUAAUUAAUGGAGCAGGCAGGGUGAUAUCUUCCUGGUUUUUCUGAAUAUCCUGACUCCACUGGAAUAAAAGGAAGUCAGUCCUUUCUGACCAUCUCUCCAACCAGCAAGGUGGAGGUAGGUAUACAAUCAGGCACCAUGUCCUGCUGGGACUCCUGGUGGCCUUUGAAACCAGCCUGAGGAGUCACCUAGACACACUGGAAUCUAGAGCUGUGGUUCUGUGCUCUCUGACCUGCCACACCAGAGAGAGGUUCCCUUCAUCCUAGGCUUACAGGUGUGCCUGCCUUCCACCAUACUGGUCAGCUAAUCAACAAGUUGGUCUGCUUCUCUUUGAACAAAUACAUCACUGCAUCACCAUCCUAGCUGCUCCUGCAGCCUGACUGGGUCACAGGCUUGAGAAGACCUCAUCACUGCUUCCCACAGACCCCCAACACACACACACACACACACUUUUUUCUUUUGAAGAAAAUCACAAAGGACUCACAAUUCCAUCUGUACUUUAGAAUUAGAGAGGACAUGAUUUCUACUGUGCUCUCUCCUUUUCCCUCAUAAUGAAAUGUGCAGUAAAGCUUGUUCCUUACUUUCAAUGGUUGUAGCAGUGUUGCUUUCCUCCAUGGAGGCUCAGUUGUGCCAAUGGAGCAAUGCCCAUCCCAGCAUAAUGUCUGUUCUACACACUGCAUUCUCUG